CGCGGGUUGCUGGGCUGCAGCGCGGCUGACCGCACCCAGCUGGGCCGCGGGGGCGAGCUGAGGGCGGGAGCGGCCCAGGGCUGCGGCUGUCCUUCGGGGGAACGCUGCGGCCAGGGGGCGGAGCCCGGCCUAAUCCUCAGGCGAGGCGGCGGCCGCGGCACUCGGAUCCCGGACACCGCGAUCGGCCCUCGUUUCUCCACGGAGGACCCUGGAAGGUUGCAUAAUGAAUGGUGACACCCAGGCCGCAGUGGUGACCUCACCACCUCCAACCACAGCCCCUCACAAAGAGAGAUACUUCGACAGAGUGGAUGAGAACAAUCCAGAAUACUUGCGGGAGAGGAACAUGGCACCAGACCUUCGUCAAGACUUCAAUAUGAUGGAGCAGAAGAAGAGGGUGUCCAUGAUUCUACAGAGUCCCGCCUUCUGCGAAGAACUGGAAUCUAUGAUCCAAGAACAGUUUAAGAAGGGGAAAAAUCCCACGGGCCUGUUGGCAUUACAGCAGAUUGCAGACUUCAUGACCGCGAAUGUACCAAAUGUCUACCCCGCAGCUCCACAAGGAGGAAUGGCUGCCUUAAACAUGAGUCUCGGUAUGGUUACUCCUGUGAACGACCUCAGAGGAUCUGAUUCUAUUGCAUAUGACAAAGGGGAGAAACUCCUGCGGUGUAAGCUGGCAGCAUUCUACAGGCUAGCAGAUCUGUUUGGGUGGUCUCAGCUCAUCUACAACCACAUCACAACUAGAGUAAACUCUGAGCAGGAACACUUCCUCAUCGUACCUUUUGGACUUCUUUACAGUGAAGUGACUGCAUCCAGCUUGGUUAAGGUCAAUUUACAAGGAGACAUAGUAGACCGUGGAAGCACUAACCUGGGAGUGAAUCAGGCUGGUUUCACAUUACAUUCUGCAAUCUAUGCCGCACGUCCAGACGCUAAAUGUAUUGUGCACAUUCACACACCAGCAGGGGCUGCAGUCUCUGCGAUGAAAUGUGGCCUCUUGCCAAUCUCCCCAGAGGCACUUUCCCUUGGAGAGGUGGCUUAUCAUGACUAUCACGGCAUUCUGGUUGAUGAGGAGGAGAAAGUUUUGAUUCAGAAGAAUCUGGGGCCUAAAAGCAAGGUUCUGAUUCUUCGGAAUCAUGGACUCGUAUCAGUUGGAGAGAGCAUCGAGGAGGCCUUUUAUUACAUCCAUAACCUUGUGGUUGCAUGUGAGAUUCAGGUUCGCACUCUAGCCAGUGCUGGAGGACCAGACAACUUGGUUCUGCUGGAUCCUGGGAAAUACAAAGCUAAAUCCCAUUCUGCGGGGCCUCCAGCAGGGGAAGGAACUGGAUCACCUCCCAAGUGGCAGAUUGGGGAGCAGGAGUUUGAAGCUCUUAUGCGGAUGCUUGAUAAUCUGGGCUACAGAACUGGCUACCCUUAUCGAUACCCUGCUCUAAGAGAGAAAUCUAAAAAGUACAGCGAUGUGGAGGUUCCCGCCAAUGUCACAGCCUACUCCUUUGCUAGUGACGGUGACUCGGGCACUUGCUCACCUCUCAGACACAGUUUUCAGAAGCAGCAGCGAGAGAAGACAAGAUGGCUGAACUCUGGUCGGAGUGAUGAAGCUUCUGAGGAAGGGCAGAACGGAAGCAGUCCCAAGUCGAAGACUAAGGUGUGGACGAACAUUACACACGAUCACGUGAAACCCUUGCUGCAGUCUCUCUCGUCCGGUGUCUGCGUGCCAAGCUGUAUUACCAACUGCUUGUGGACUAAAGAGGAUGGACAUAGAACUUCCACCUCUGCUGUCCCUAACCUGUUUGUUCCAUUGAACACUAACCCAAAAGAGGUCCAGGAGAUGAGGAACAAGAUUCGAGAGCAGAACUUACAGGAUAUCAAGACGGCUGGUCCUCAGUCCCAGGUUUUGUGUGGUGUGGUGAUGGACAGAAGUCUCGUUCAGGACGCACCCCUCUCUGACUGUACGGAGACUAUCGAAGGGCUCGAGCUUACAGAGCAGACUUUUAGUCCCGCUAAAUCUGUCUCUUUUAGAAAGGGGGAGCUGGUGACAGCCUCCAAAGCCAUCAUUGAAAAGGAAUACCAGCCCCAUGUCAUUGUGAGCACCACAGGCCCCAACCCCUUCAACACACUCACAGACCGUGAGCUGGAGGAGUACCGCCAAGAGGUGGAGCGGAAGCAAAAGGGCUCUGAAGAGAAUCUGGAUGAGACGAGAGAACAGAAAGAAAAGAGUCCUCCAGACCAACCAGCCGUCCCCCACACUCCCCCCAGUACCCCCAUCAAGCUCGAAGAAGACCUUCCACAGGAACCGACUUCUAGGGAUGAUAGUGAUGCCGCCACCUUCAAGCCGACUCUCCCUGACCUGUCCCCUGAUGAGCCUUCAGAAGCAUUCAGCUUUCCCACAGUGGAGGAGGAAGCCCAUGGCCCCCCGGAGCCCACCCAGUCCCCUGCUGAGGCUGACCCUGAGCCAGCCCCAGCUUCAGCCCUGGGAGCUGACGAGGCAGCCUCCCCUGCCACUGAGGAGGGUUCUGCUGUGGACCAUGUCAGCGAUGGGUCUCCAGGAAAGUCCCCAUCCAAGAAGAAGAAGAAGUUCCGCACCCCUUCCUUCCUCAAGAAGAGCAAGAAGAGGAGUGAUUCCUGAAGGCCGCUGCACCAUCAUGUGCUGACCUGGCCCUGCCAGUUCCUGAUUCCGUCUCAUAUUGUCCUCUUGUGUUUGUAAUGGAAUGCAAAAACCAAGCCCUCCAUGUAGCUAGAGCCCCUCCCACAUGUGGCCCGCCCCUGCACCAGUACCCAAGUGUGCUCAGUCUCUCCCCUAGGCCUUGGAUUCUAGGGAUGAAGGGCUUAACCUGCACCUGUGAGGUGUGCCCCCCUGCAGGAGGGGGACACUGAAUCCUGGUCCUGGCUGGAAGGUACCAGAGGCUUCUGCCAGCUCUGGUUACAGCAUCACCCUCCUGAGCCUUGACUUUCACUCUCCUUUCUGUUGUGAAAUACCACACCGUCUCUGCUCAGCUUCCCUCCAUCCUACAGAGUCUCAGGUGACUUGGACUCAGCUUCUGCUGGCAUCCUCUGCUCAUACACACAGGGACUUUUGUGUGGUCACAGGACCAUACAAAGCUGUGGUCUGUGAAAACACUCGCAUGGCCACCAGCAGCCCCGGGCACUGUGGCUGCCUUAGAGGUGGGUUUGGGCCUGAUGCCGGGCUGUAAAAUCCAAGUAGCCCUGGGGACACCAAACACAAUGCUAUGCAUGGUCUAACUGGUGACCCUGUGACCAAAACCAGAUUCAGACUCUUAGUUUAUCUUACUCACUGGGUUCUUGGAUUCCCAGCAUAGGGAAGAGAGGCCAGGAGGGGAAGAGUCCUUUUUAGAGCUUUCUUUCAGGAGGUUUGCAAUUUAGCCUAAUUUUGACUGUGAACAUGAACAGGUCACUUUUUGCUUUAGUUUUUGUUCUGAGCCUGUGGCAGACUGCAGCAGAGGACUCAGCCUGUUUGGGAGCAGAGCAGGGGUCUUUUCUCACCCCAACUCAAGUCUGAAAGAUGCCCUGGUUUUGAUGAAAGGUCAUUGAAGGUAGAAGUCAGCCUUGGAGGACCCACCAACGUUGUGCAUCAUUCCUGGGGCCUGUGACUUCCUCAGUCCAUCCCAUUGUGAAUUUUAACUUUUAUCCCUGGAAAAGGGCUUGAAGCUGCUUAGUGGGAACUGGAGGGUGGCUAGAUGGAGUCCUCAGAGGGCCAUGUUCCAGGAGUUGCCCAUGCCAGCCUGACUAGGAGUGGGGAAGCCUGCCGAGGCCGAUAUCCCCUCUGGGGUAGGCCCCUGUAGAACAGGUGCUAGCUGUGGGCCAAGUCUCAUGAUCCCGCCGGCUGGGCACCAAGCAGGGCUCCACAGCCUGCUGCACCACUGGUCUCGCUUUGCUGCUGAGGUGGUGUGACGUUCUCGCCCUCCUCCUGCCCCUUUUCUUCCCACAUAUGCAAUGACUCUUUAAUUUUCACUUUUGUAGUCUAACCCUUUGUAUUACAACAUGAAAUAUGGUUGCAAAUAUGGACACAGACUUGGAGGACAUGUUCUGUAUGUCCUCUCCUCAUUGUAACAUGUUUUACUCACAAAUAAAAGUCUUUAAGCAGUU